AAUGCGCCCAGGUGAUGCCUCUCUUUGUGGCGACAGAAACAAGAUGGCUCCCGUGCUGGAGAAGAAGCUCCUGGGCGCAGCCGGGGCUGGCGACACCCUGGAAAAUAAUAAUGAGGAUGAAGAAGGACAGAACUUGUGGUCCUCUAUUCUAAGCGAAGUUUCCACCCGGUCCAGUUCCAAAUUACCAUCUGGGAAAAAUAUUUUGGUUUUCGGGGAGGAUGGCUCGGGAAAGACCACCAUCAUGGCGAGGCUACAGGGAGCGGAACACAAUAAAAAAGGGAGGGGCUUGGAGUACCUCUACCUGAACGUUCACGACGAAGACCGAGAUGACCUGACGCGGGGGAACGUGUGGAUCCUGGACGGGGACGUGUACCACAGGGGCCUGCUGAAGUUCGCCGUGUCGGCGGAGUCUCUGCGGGACACGCUGGCGGUGUUCGUGGCGGACAUGUCGCGGCCCUGGACCAUCAUGGAGUCGCUGCUGAAGUGGGCGGGCGUGCUGCGCGACCACGUGGACCGGCUGAAGAUCCCGCCGGAGGAGAUGAGGGAGAUGGAGCAGAAGAUGGUGAAGGACUUCCAGGAGUACUCAGAGCCUGAGGAGGCGACGCAGGGCUCUCCCCAGAGACGGGCACCCGCCGGGGGGGCCGAGGACGAGGAGGUGGUGCUGCCGCUGGGAGAAAACGUACUCACACACAACCUGGGCAUUCCAGUGCUAAUACUCUGCACAAAGUGUGACGCUGUCAGCGUGCUGGAGAAGGAGCACGACUACAGGGAGGAGCACUUCGACUUCAUCCAGUCACACGUCAGGAGAUUCUGCUUAAAGUACGGAGCUGCCUUGAUCUACACAUCGGUGAAGGAGGAGAAGAACCUGGACCUCCUGUAUAAAUACAUAGUGCACAAACUGUACGACUUCCAGCUCACCACGCCAGCCUUAGUGGUGGAGAAAGAUGCCGUGUUCAUUCCAUCCGGUUGGGACAAUGAUAAAAAGAUUGGGAUCCUUCACGAAAACUUCACGACGGUUAAACCGGACGAUCCCUUUGAAGACUUCAUCACAAACCCUCCAGUUCGGAAGCUGGUUCAUGAUAAAGAAGUGAACGCGGAGGAUGAGCAGGUGUUCCUCAUGAAACAGCAGUCCCUGUUAGCGAAGCAACCGGCCACGCCUACAAGAGCUGCGGAGUCUCCAGCUCGGACUGCGUCUGGUUCCCCCCGCCCCACGGGUCGCACUGGACCUGCCAAUGUGGCCAGCGUCUCUCCCAUGACCGCGGUCAAGAAGCCAGACCCCAACAUGAAGGGUGCGGCGGCGAACGAGGGUGUCCUGGCCAACUUCUUCAACAGCCUGCUGAGUAAAAAGACGGGGUCCCCUGGGAGCCCCGGCACAGGAGGAGGAGGAGGAGGAGGAGGAGGAGGAGGAGGAGGCGGGGUGCAGCAGGGCUCAGCCAAGAAAGCAGGGCAGAAGCCGGUUUUGACUGAUGUCCAGGCAGAGCUGGACCGAAUGACACGCAAACCAGACUCCGUGGUAACGGCCAACAACACAUCACUGACGGAGAACGAGGCGUGAACCCAUCCACAGCAUCGUCCAUUGAAACCACAAUUAAGAAACCGCACAAGGAGAAAAAUACAAACACAAAGCAAAAAACGCAUAUAUUUCUGUAUAUGACCAAAUUCCCAAUGUGUACAUCGGUCGGCAAAUGAGCGUAAUACUGUCUACUAUGGCCAGCUGCUAUGGGGUAUAUUUUUGUUGUGGUGGAAAGGUGACAGAGAGGAUGUUGGGAGAGGAAAGUGAGAUUUUGAAAGGCAUAUCAGAUUACGUAACGCGCGUGCACUUCCCGUGAAGUAGCCAAAAACCCUCGUCUCCAAAGUAGGUUGGCUUUGAAAACAUUUUGCCCGCUGACUUCAUCUCGAAAGCACCGUGGAUUCUUGUUUAGCGGUGUCCUGCAGGGAACGCAAACCCUGAGGCCUGCGAGAUUGAUGAAACAAAAAUCCUAAAUGUAUUCACUCAAAAUGAAAAGUACUUUCACUUUUUGCAGAAGGAUGUAGUAUGUAAAAAAAGUUAGAUAUAUGAUGCCGUUGUAUUUAUAUAUAAAUCAAACAUUUUAUUUUCUUUUUUUCCUCUCACUAAAAUGUAUAGGAAAAUCCGCCUAGCUACUUGACUAAUGUAAAACUCAAUUCACGCCAUGACACUAAUGUGACAAAAAAAGAUGCACAAGAUUUGCCGUCAGAUAAGCGCAUUCAUCGUUCAGAAUCUUAAACAAUAAACUGAAGACCAGUGUAGCAAAGGCAGCGUAGGUGUAAGUAUUCUGUAAAUACAAGCAAUUAAUUGGAACAUUAGCUUUGGUUGUUUCUGUGUAGAACGCAGUUAAUUCAUGGUAAUUAUGAAAUAUCUCAAAUCAUUGUCAGGUGGUGAAGUUUAAGUUUGGAGGCUAUUAUUAUUGGCUGCAGAUGGGGCGGGGGUCUAACCUGCUAUAACUAAGUGCCUGGCGCAGUGUACUGUUAGUGUCAUAGUGGAGGUGCUUGCUUCCCAAACAAAGGCACUGUAGUACAAAUGUUUUUUUGUUUUUUUUCCAGCUCUGUUAAACGAAUAAUUUAUAUAUUUUUGUUUGUUUUUGUACUACAACUCUGUGGUCUUUGUUAAAUAUUGUUUUUAAAGAAACGUUUUUGCUUAACUUUGUGGCCUAGAUGAAAUUGUUCGACUGAGCAGCGGAGAGGAUGCCUUUUUGUAAACUAGUGAAGCACCACCCGAAAAGCUGUCUAAUCUCAUGUUUUUAGAAGCUUUGAUAAUGACCCCUCACAACGAGCGCAUGGCACGUGUUCAUCUGAACACUGCGUGGCCAAAUUCUGAUCACGGUAAUUACGGUUUUAAUGGAAUAUCAGUGUAUUCCUAAGCCUGGUCAGGAUUUUUUAAAAAAAGGUAAUGGAAAUUCUAUUUUUGAUUUGCUUUUCUGCCAGUAUCAGAUUUUUAAACAUGAAAAUAUGGCACUUGAUAUUAAACAUUCCCUCUUUCCAUGUGAUUCAGUCAUUGAAAAAAGACUUUACAGUCCCAAGUAAAUGUUCACAGAUUAAGUUGGGAACAGUGAUACCUCUGUCCCCUCAGAAUUUUUUUGGUCACUCCGUAUGGUCUUUGGACUGUACUCCAGACUGAUCACUGUUAACAAAUCAGUCUAGUCCAAGUCUACAGUUUGACAGCAAUGGUUCUGUGUGUCUUAAUACUAUAUCACAGUUUACACUUAACAUAUCAAAAUGUGUUGGGGAGUACAGAAAUUCAAAACCUGCAGUGAUUGGAUUUGGGAUUCAUGCAUGUGAUGUUUCCAGCAUGGGUUAAAUUACAGGAUUUACCCCAGUAGACAUUUAUAAUUUAGACAGAUCAGCUAUACAUUUGCUUGUAAUUAACCCUCUAUACCAUGGGUGUCAAACUCCGGUCCUGGAGGGCCGCAGUGUCUGCUGGUUUUCGGGUUGUUCGCAGAACCUGUGGUUCAUUUAAGUCAUUGAUUGGCUGAAGAAUCGACACACCUUAUCUGGAGGCCUUAAUUGGCAGCUGAUUGAAAGGAAACCACAAAAACCAGCAGACACUGUAGCCCCCUGGGAAUUCACUUUGACACCCCUGCUCUAUACCUUCAGGUGAGAUUGAACAGUGAUGUUAGAAGACAUAAGUAGUUAAUUGCUUUUAAAAUGGAAAACAUAAUUGACAACGUAAAUGUAAAGGAAAAUGCAUAUUUGGAACCUGGAACCAAAGAUGUAGAAUCACUACUCUGUCUGUGUACAAUAGUCUCCUAUUUGUUCAACUGCGGUGAAAAUCUCACCUGUCCUUACCUUAAGCACCCAUCAUUCCGAAAUAGGUUUAGUGGAUACUGAAGUGGCACAUGUAUGUAGUCUGGAAACCUGAGUCCUUUUAUUUCUGUAUAAUUUUGCUCUUUAAGGGAAAACCACAUGACCACAAGAUGUGCAAAGUCUACUUUGUUGCAUGAACUGAUUUGUUGUCAGCAGAAAAAAACCCUGUCUGCACAUACAAGUCAGUGAAUGCUAAGCAGUUGUAUGUAGGCCUACCACUAAAACCUGGCAAAUUGGCAUCUAAAGGCUGUUGCUUAAUUUCAAAGCACAAUGUUGGAAAGCUAGGAACAUUUUCUCAUCAUUUUUAAACAAUGCGCUUGUCGUGGAAGCCAGAUCCACGAACUCAAGACGGUUCUGUGUAUGUUGCUCUCUAAAUAACUGGAGUCUGAAGAGUUUAACUUUGCCUCUUAAAUUGUCUCAUAAUUGAACGCUCAAGGAAUAUUUCGUCCAUUUGUAGUGGAUUUUUUUAAGAACUGUUUGAAAGUCAGGCCGUCCUUUUUAUACCUUUGUUUUAUUUUACAUGAGUCGAUGCUCCUAGAUCUUCUGAUGUAUUUAUUCACUCGUCUCUAGCAGCGCACCACCGCGGGGUCUGAACAGUAUUGCAUUCUACACGCCUCCCGGGUACUUUUGUCUGCAAGCAUUACUACCGGGCCGGGUGUGAGAAGUUCACCUCACGUACAUCACAAGAGUUAUGAGUUCCUUGUAAUGCUAACGGCAAAACAAAAAUGGUGUGUAAAUCCACGUGGUCCUAGUUUAUGUUUUUCGCCUUCCCCAUGAAAGCGAAGCGAGUUCAUUAAUCUGGCUACCAUAAAGACAUCUGUAUGUUUGGCAACUUCAAAUAAAACUACACCCAUGCUGCUUGAAUUGAUAUUUGCACUUCAUUUUUUUUUUUUCAUUGAUUGGAUUUUUUAAAAGUGUAAUGAGCAGGCUUUGUAAAGACUUUACUUUCAACCAAGUUGACUACUCUCUACAGCCUAACUAUAUGAUAUGCACACUGCUUUGUAACAAACUGAAAAAAGAAACUUGGAGAAAAAAAAAUAAAGCUUUAGCUUAGUCCUUUUAUACAAGAUUUGAAUAUCUUUUUUGACUGCAUAUAUAGGCUAUGUCCUCAGUAUAGUCCGAUUGUGCGCCUUUAACCUGAUGCGUUUUGCCGUCAUGCGGAAUCUUGCUUUUACAGCCGGGGAAGAUAAGGACACGUGCAUUUUCAGUCCUGGUUUCAAUAAAGAUGAAUCCAGACUACA